CCGUGUUCGGAGAAUAGUGCACUUAGGGACGGACGGAGAGGGUGCAACGUCUUACCUCUUUCUCUCUCCAGCGCCGGAUCAUUACAACGGCUUCACAUUACAUUAAGGAAUGAGUUAUUACGGCUCCCACGAGAGACUGGCAAACAUUCCUGGAAGAACCGUGUACGCCAGUCCUACCUAUUCCAGGGUAGAGGUUCACGGUGGUAAUGGAUUCCUGCCGUCAUACAUGGACGGAUACUCUGCGACCAUCGGCGGCGGAGCGCAUACAGAUGCGCAGGUGAUUAUUCAAAGGGGCAGGAGCAUGAAGGCCCAGCAGUAUCAGGACCAGGACAAUAUCAGGACAAUGAAGAAAACUGAAUAUGCCCUCCAGUCCGGUGCUGACCAUCAGAAGUAUGUGACCCGGCCUGCAGAAUACGCAGACCAUGUGGGGUUUUACAGCCAUGAUCUGCGGCAACUUGGCCAGCCCAGCGAUCCCAUCCAGAGGAGUAUGGAGCAGGGCAGGGAGCAGGUCACCAGGAUACAUCAAGUGCCCAUGGCCAACCAGGCCACCAUGUACCGCACUCGCACCAGCGUUUCCUACGAGGACACGGGGAGGAGCUUCCAGGACGCCAUGGGCUGGAUCACACAGAAGAAGCGCAUGAUUGAGACCGCCCCCUGGGGGGAUGACCCAGCGACCAUCGAUCAGCACAUCAUGAACCACAGCAAGUUCCAGAGCUCCAUCAAUAGCAGCAUGGAAGUCGACAGGGCCAGGGAUGAGCUGGGACAAAAAGGGGACAAAAUUGGGUUGAAUGCCCUGGAUCAUGAAUGGGACAGUUUGCAGAAAAUGUCCUACAGCAGACUCCGUCAGCUGCGAGAGCUGCAGAACAUCAUUGAGGAAAUCUCCAGGGAGAUUAUUUGGGUGAACGAGCGAGAGGAGAAGGAGCUGGUGUUCGACUGGGGAGACAAAAACAUCGACACCUACAUCCCGCAGAAACAGGAGAGCUACUCCGAACUUAUGAAAGACCUGGAGGAAAAAGAAAAAGAUUUGAACAAACUGAAACAAAAAGUGGACAAUUUACACAAGAACAGCCACCCCGCCUUUGACAAGAUUGACGCCUACAUGGACACUUUGCAAACUCAGUGGAGUUGGCUCCUGCAGAUCACCAAGUGUCUUUCUGUUCACCUGAAAGAGAACAUGGCCUACAGUCAGUUCUUCAAGGAGGCCAAUGAGAUUAACGCCAAGCUUAAGAAAGACCAUGACAACAUGCGGAUGAGAUUUGCUUGCGACAAGUCCACGCCGCUGGAGAAUCUGAUGGCCCUACUCAAAAACCUGGAGAAAGAAAAGGAGAGGCUGCUGGACAACAAGAGGCAGGUGCAGCUUCUGGUUAACAAGUCCAAGGGCAUCAUCAGGCUGAAGCCACGUAACCCAGAGUUCAGGAGCAGCAAUCCUGUCAUAGUACAGGCCCUGUGCGACUUCAAGCAGGACCAGAAGGCAAUUCUCCAGGGCAAUGAGGGCAUCCUGAAGGACAACUCGCAGCGCAGCAAGUGGCUGGUGAUAGGCCCAGGAGGCCUCGAUAUGCUCAUCCCCUCAGUGUGUCUGCUGAUCCCACCACCCAACAACCUGAGCAUCGAGCUGGCAAAGACAAAUGAGAAAUAUUAUGAUGCCCUCAUGGAUGUUUCCAGUCAACUAUACAUCAACAUCAAGAGCUUAAUCUCCUGGCAGUACUGCGUAGAAGACAUCAACCGUAUCAAUUCUCUCACCAUGCAGCUUCUUACGAGAAUGAGUCCGGAUGAGUAUCGCAGCAUAAUAAAGAGUCUGGAGACUCACUACGAGGAGUUCAAACGCAACAGCCAGAAAUCAGAACUCUUUGGUGACGAGGACAAGAAGAUGAUUGAGAAACAGUACACCACUGCCCAGACCCACUAUGACAAGAUGAUCAUACAACUUCCUACCUACAUUGCAUCUGCCAACAAAGGAGUGGAUGAAUCUGUGAAGAUGGAGGUUGUCCAGCCAGUGGCAUCGAUGCCAGUGGCAUCGAUGCCAGUGGCACCAAAGCCAGAUGUGACCCAACAGAGCACAACCUUCUUGAUGGAGCUGCAUAGCUUGAGGCAGAGGGCGGAGGCGGCUGAGCUGGGUCUAACCCAGAACCUUCAUGUCCCCUUGAAGGAGAACAGUGCUAAAGAGUGCUCCCAGCGCAUCGUUAUGAUAGAGGGGAUCCAGCGUGAUAUCAAUGCCAUCCGUGACGAGCACAUCAGAAUGAAAGAGAAAAUCUUGAGGCUCCUUGAGGGUAUGACGGAUCCGGACAAGGCUAAGUUUCUCCAGACAGAGCUCGCAGUCAUCAAUCAGAAACUGGGAAGCCUGGAAGGAUUCUCCACUUCUUACCUUCAAAGGCUGAAGGCGCUGCGAGGCCUGUUCCAGAGCCUGGUGCAAGUCGAGGAUAUUGUCAAGGUCAACGAGGCCAGGCUGACCGAGAAGGAGACCUCCUCUCUGAAUCUGCAGGAGCUAGAGGACUACAAUGUCUUGCUGAAGAGAAUGAAAUCGGAGCUGGACCAGAAGAGGGACAUCCUUAAAGCAAUGGAAACAGAGCUGAACAACGCAGUGCAGUGGAACAAUCAAGUUGGGCAAUCUUUCCACAAGUGCGAUGUGGACCUCUCCAAGUAUGCAGAGACGGUGAUCCAGCUAUCUGAUCGCUGGCAGCGUAUCCAGACGCAAAUCGAUAGCAGGGUGUGGGACGUUCAGAAACAGCAGCAGCAACUGAAGCACUACCAGCAGACCAGCUCGGUACUCAUGGCAUGGAUUCAGAAUGCACGCCAGCGGCAGGAUGUUCUUCAGGCCAACAAGGUUAACGACCUCCAAGCCCUUAUGGACCAACUCAACCAGCAGAGGGCGCUUCAGACUGAAAUAAAAGGGAAGAAAGAAAGAGUGGAUGAAGUUCAGAAAGAUGCCAACACCUGUGCCUCUUCAAUUAAGGACUAUGAGCUCCAGCUGGCCUCAUACAGUGCCGGACUGGAAACUCUGCUCAACAUCCCCAUCAAGAAGACUAUGUUGCAGUCCCCUGCAGACACCAUCAGAGAAGAGGCCACUGAACUGCAGGCCAGUUACAUUGAACUCUUCACUCAGUCUGGUGAUUUCUACAAGUUUCUUGUAGAGAUGCAGAAAAACAUGGAGGAACUGAAGAUUAGGAACACCAAAAUAGACCUUUUGGAAGAAGAGCUGCGGCGUCUGAAAGAUGACGUUCAAGCUAAAUCACAGAAGAACAAGUCUCUUGAAGAUAUGCUGACUAGAUUUGAACUGGAUCUUUCCGAGAGCAAACAGCAGCUGUUUUCCAUGGAGGAAAUAAAAAAAACUCAAGCCCGACAGUGUGACGCUGUCAAGGAGAACCUUGACAGCACCUACAGCCAGGUCAAAGAUCUAACUGAUCAAGUUACCAGGCUCACCUUUAUGCUUGAUGACGAGAAAAGAAAGAAGAGAUUGGCUGAGGAGAGGUAUGUUACCCAGCAGGAAGAGUAUGAAAACCUCAUGAGAAAGAGGCAGAAGGAGCUCGAUGAGAUCAACUGGUCGAAGAUCGAAAUUGAGAAGACCAUCAAAGACAAGGAUCGAGAGAUCGAGAGACUAAAAAUGCAGUUAGAAGAUGAGGCAUCACGAAGACGACAGUUCGAAUCGGAGAUCUCUAAGGUAAGAAACCAAUAUAAUCAAGACAUAACUAACCUAAGGAAAACGCACGAGACCGAGAUCCAUGUCAGUAAAACCACCAUGCAAAAGAUCACACUUGCAAAAGAGGAGGACUCUGAAGCUCUUAAGCUGCAGAACGAUAAUCUCAUGACUGAAAAGAAGGCCUUGGAGGAGGAGUUGAGGCGACUACAGUACUCAAUUAGUCAAGCAGAGAAUCUGAGGAAGAGGGCAGAGGCAGAUGUCCAUCAGCAGAAAUCUGUUGGGUUACAAGACUCUACGAAAAUACGAGAACUUGAGAUCCACAUCCAAACCAUCACUCAAAAGAGAACUGAAGAUGAGUUGCGACAAAAGGAGUCCAUGGCAGAGACUAUGAGAGCGAUUCAGGAAAAGAAUAAGCAAAUUGCCGUGUUAACUCAAAACUUGGAGCUGGAGUCAAGGAGGCGGGGUGCCUUGGAGGUAGAAAACAGUGGUCUUAAGCAAACCAGGAAUGAACUUCAGGCAAAGAACUUAGCUGCCAAUGAAGUCAUUAACAGGUUGAAAGUAAUAGAGCAAGAACUAAGCAUUGUUAGAAUAGAUCUGCAAACAAAAACACAUGAAAAGUACAAGGUGGAACAGAAUAGUAACCGAUUGGAAGGCAGAAUAAGAGACCUGCAGAAGAUGUUGGAUGGGUUAGAGGCUGAGGUUGAGAGACACAGGAAGGCUACUCUGGAUGAGUCUGCUUUAAGGUCAAUGGCUGAGACAGAUUUAGAAAGAACAAAGCAGUCCUGCAAAGAACACUUAUGCAUAAUCGACACUCUCAAACGUGAGCUGGAGAUUGUCUCUUCUGCUGCAAAGCGAAAUGAGCAACAGCUUAAGAAUGUCCAGGAGGCCUUGGAUCGGAGCCUGAAAGACCAAAAGCUCUCCUCUGACAGUACUAGCCAGUUAAAUGCACAGCUAAAAGCCCUACAGUUACAGCUCCAACAGGAACAAGGACGUGUCAAAGAUGCAAAUCUUCGGAAUGAGAUACUGCAAAAGACCAUUGAGGAGAAGAGCCGUAUGCUGAAUGACAACGGCGCAGAGAUCGAGAAACUGCAGAAGAUGACACAGAACCUGACCAAGGAGCGCCUGAGGUUAGACGAGGAAGUCCGGUCUCUGAAGCAGGAAAAGGAAGAACUGAAGAAGAACCAGCACAACAGUAACAAUGAAGCAAUGGCACAAAUGUCUUCCCUGCAAAGCCAACUCCAGUCCUGUAACAUAAGAACUGUUGAACACCAAGCACAUAUUAAUGAGCUGUCCAAGGAAAGGGACAGGUUGAAAAUGGAAAUUGAAAAAAGUCAAAAGCAGGCUUUUGAGACAUCCAGCAUAGUGACCCAAUCUCAGGCCAACUACAAUGAAAUUUUGAAGGAGAAGGACAGUCUUGCUAUGAAGAUAAAGCUGUUGGAGCAAGACAAAGCCAGGAUGCAGAGGAGUGAAGAAGAGCUGAACCGCAUCAAACUCUCCCUAGAAGGUGAACUUCAACAGAAGAAACGUAUCCUAGAUGAGAAUGAGAAGGUCAAGAGAGAUUUCAGUUACUGGAAGAGCCAGUAUGAGCUAAAGGAGACUCAUAUUAGACAGCAGGUCUCGGACAAAGAUCAGCUAGAGAGGGAGAGGAACUCUCUGAGAAGUGAAAUUGAAAGGCUUAUGGCGGAGCUAAAAAGUGUGGAGGCACAGUAUAAGAACAGGCUGACUAUUACAGAAAAAGAGGUGUCAGAUAUUACUCUUGUAAAGUCCAACUUGGAGAAAGAGCUCUGGAAGCUGAAGCAACGACCAGCUUCCUACAAUCAACAAACACAAACCAGUGAAGAUAUCGCCAAGGUGGAUCCCUCCAAGCUCCUCUUCAAUGGUGUCCACAGAAAAGUCACUGCUCAUCAACUGUCUGACUGCAAAAUCAUCGACCAAGUCACACUUGAUAAGCUGCUUAAAGGCCAAAAGACAGUGGAUGAGGUAGCUGUCAACAUUCAGCCCAGUCUGCAAGGUGCUGGGGUCAUCGCAGGUGUUGUUGCAGGUACUCAAGGUAAAAUGUCUAUAAACGAGGCUAAGCAAAAAAAUCUGCUCCCACCAGAGGCGGCAGUCAUGCUUCUGGAAGCACAAGCUGCCGCUGGCUAUAUUAUAGAUCCUAAAGUUAAUGAAAAAAUGUCAGUAGAUAUGGCAUGUUCCAGAGGUCUGGUAGACAGACAGGACAAGGAUGUGCUUAUCACUGCUGAAGCUGCCAGCACCGGCUUUAAGGACCCAUAUACUGGGAAACUCUUAUCUGCCGGCCAGACUUUGAAGAAAGGACAGCUCAACAGGGAUACUGUGAUUCGUCUUCUCCAGGCUCAGGAAUCCGUUGGAGGAAUACUUGACCCCGCCUUGAGUGUGUUCCUUUCAAAAGACACUGCACUUGAACGCAACUUAAUUGACGAAGACCUCUAUCGAGCCCUGAACAAGCGGCCAGCUUGCUACAUCGACCCUCAUACCACGCAGAAGAUUAGUUACAAUGAUUUGAAAAUGAAAUGCCACCCAGAGCCUGUCACAGGUCUUCUUCUCUUGAACUUACCGGACAAGUCUAUGUCAUUGAAAGGAUUCAGAGGGGACGUUUCCAUUGAGGAACUGGUUGAGUCAAAGCUUUUGACAAGAUUAGAGGCAGAAGAAAUGCCAAUCGAUGAGAUUGAGAACAAACUGAGGCCUUACCUUCGGGGAUCUACCUGCAUUGCAGGUAUUUAUCACGAAGCUCAAGAUAGGAUCCUACCUAUAUACCAGGCCAUGAAGGAUGGUCUCCUCACCCGUGGCACUGCACUUGAGCUUCUGGAAGCUCAGGCAGCCUCAGGAUUUGUGAUUGACCCCCUCAAUAACCUCUAUCUCACAGUAGAAGAGGCGUUUAGGAGAGGCCUUGUAGGAAAAGAUUUUAAGGAAAAACUCCUUUCUGCUGAAAGAGCUGUUACGGGAUACAAAGAUCCACAUACAGGGAAAACGAUUUCUCUUUUUCAGGCCAUGAAAAAGGAGCUGAUUGAAAAGGGGCAUGGCAUAAGGCUUCUAGAGGCUCAGAUAGCGAGCGGUGGUAUAAUUGACCCGAACGGAAACCAUCGUAUUGAUGUGGAUGUUGCUUACAGUCGAGGAUAUUUUGAUAAAGAAAUGAAUGACAUACUAAAUUAUGAAGGUGAUGAUACAAAGGGUUUCUUUGAUCCAAACACCCAUGAGAACCUCACCUACAUACAGCUUAAGAGGAGGUGCAUCACGGACAAGACAACAGGGCUGGUCAUGCUGCCCCUGAAGGACAAGAAGAAGAAAGCUGAGAUGGAGAAGAUGCAGAACGUCCUUCGCAAGCGGAGAGUUGUGAUCGUUGACCCAGACACAGGCAGCGAGAUGACCGUGCGUGAGGCCUAUCACAGAGAACUUAUUGACUAUGACACAUUCCUGGAGCUCUGCGAUCAUGAAUGUGAGUGGGAAGAGAUCACCAUCACAGCCUCUGAUGGUUCCAGCCGGCUGGUUCUGGUUGACCGAAAAUCAGGCCAACAGUUCGAUGUCCAAGAUUCAAUCAACAGGGGUGUCAUUAACCAGAGCAUGUUAGACAAAUAUCGAACAGGGAAAAUGACAAUCAAAGAGUUGGCAGACAAGAUGACCAGCAAGUCCAAUAGUGAAUUGUCCAUAACUUCUUCCAGCAGGGAAGAUGUAAAUGCAUGCAGUAGCCCUGUUCAGCUUGCACCCUUAUCACCAACUGUAAAAAAACGCCUUUCUAGUGUCUCCAUAACAUUAUCACCCCCCUCUGAAAUAUUGGAUGACCAGAGUCCAGUUGCUGCCAUAUUUGAUUCAGAAACUCUUCAGAAAAUAACCAUCGCUGAAGGUCUACGUCGUGGAAUAGUGGACAGCAUCACUGCCCAACGCCUUUUAGAGGCCCAAGCUUGCACUGGUGGCAUCUUCAAUCCAGCCACUGGUAAAAAACUUUCUCUUAAAGAUGCAGUGAACCAAAAAAUCAUCGAUGAAGACAUGUCUGCGCACCUUAAGCCGGCUCAGAAGGCCUUUCAUGGGUUUGAGGAUGUGAAAACCAGGAAGAAGAUGUCUGUUGCAGAAGCCAUGAAAGAGAAGUGGUUGCCGCAUGAGGCCGGUCAGAGAUUCCUUGAGUUUCAGUACCUCACCGGUGGCCUGAUUGAACCCCAGACCGGUCUGAGGGUCAACAUAGAGGAAGCAAUCAGAAGAGGCUGGCUGGAUGGGAGAAGCGCCCAGAAGCUCCAGGACACUCGAAACCACAGCAGAAAUCUGACCUGCCCGAAGACGAAACUGAAGAUCUCCUACAAGGAAGCCAUGGACAGCUGCAUGGUCGAGGAGGACAAUGGAGUGAAGAUGCUUCAAGCCACCUCCAUGUCGACCAAGGGGAUCAGCAGCCCUUACAACGUGGCUUCAGGCCCCAGCUCCCGCCAAGGCUCCCGCUCGGGGUCCAGAAGUGGGUCGCGCCGGGGCAGUGUAGACCUCAGCCCCACUGUUAGUUUCAGUUUUAACAGUUUCAGCUCCAAAUCCUAUUCUUAAAGCCCUUCUGGUGAUAUUCUGAUGUGGGUGGCAUAGCAUUUUAUGGGGAAAAGCACUAAUGGUUUCUAAGGUUUCAUGAAAGUUACUUUUCAUUUAAAUUUUUAUCAUACUUUUUAUUCUACUGUAGUUGCUCAAAUAAGUUUUUUGUCUUUGGGGUGAUUUAGAGUUUUGAUAGCAUGAAUAUAUCCUUUAAAAAUGUUACCAUAUUUUGGUCUUUUUAUACACAACAUGCCAAGUGCUUAGUUUUUAUUUUAUCGAAGUUUCCUGGUCUCUUUAAAUGUAUUUCUUUAUGCUUUCAGCUGUUGAUUUAGAAAUUAACUACUGACUAGUUAUAAUAUAGUUAAAAUCAGAGAUAUAUGUUAAACCACCUUUAAAACAUGACUUUCAUUUGCAGUACUGACAAACAUGCCACAUGAUUCCUGCUGUGUUCUGUUUUAUGCAUUCAUCUAAUUUGUUCUUAAAUUUGAAGGGAAUUUUCAAUAAACUAUCACAUAGCUGCUUCAAA